UGCGCGCGACGGUGCGGCGGGUUGCGCGGGAAAGAGGCGGAGCGCGCGCGCAGAUCCAGGCAGACCUACUCAGUUCCUGAUAAGGACACAGGGACCUUGGCAACUUCAGUGGCCCAGAUUUUUCAAGAGGGAUAAAAUGAGUAAGAGGAAAAAGCUUCGGACUUCAGGAGGAGGAGUCCGUCCUCUGAAGGCCCCAAAGAACCCAAGGCUAGGAGACUCUGACGGCCCCCCCCAGAAUUCUGAGCGGGGCUCUUUGUGUCUCCCUGAAGAGUCAGAAGGCAGAUUAGAACCCAUUCCCUCUGCAGAGCAGAGGACAGAAGAACCAGUACAGACAGCCUCCAGCUCCCAUGAUGAGGAAGCAGGAGAUCCCUCCAGGCGCCUCGGGCAACCAGAAGAGGAGCCAGUUCCUGCUCUUCUUUCCCAGAACUCAGCCAGGAGGUUUGUCCCCCAGUUUGCAAAACCCAGGAAGACAGUGACAAGACAAGCAGAGCUGCGGGAAGAGGACCUUGGGGGUGGAACCCCUAAAAUCAGUCAGGAAACACCACCAGAGCCCAGUGCCCAGCAGGCCAGAAGCCAGCUGUGGGAGGAGUCCCUAGGGCUUGCUUCCUGGGAGGCCAGGGAGCUGGGUGCCCAGACCCAGGUAGACAACACCCACCCUGAGCACAGAGACCAAAACCCCAUGACACCUGUGCCUGGCAAUGGGAAUCCUCAGCCCUCAGCCUCCAUCGAUGCCUCUCCAGAAUGGGGGACAGUGCCCUUGGCCUCCGAGAGGGCCAGCCAGGACCACCUUUCGGAGCAAGGAGCCAAGACAACAGAUGGUGAAAGCAAGGAAGGGUGUUGGGUUCUAGGCUAUCAUGGCCAGAAAGGGCUCCUGCUGAGCAGUGAUGCUGAAGAGGAGUCAGACCAAGGAGCACUUCAGGAAACAGGUGCCAAAGGGGGAGCAGGGGCUGACCUGCCUGAAAGGCAUCAGGAGGAAGGAGACGGCGUCCUAGGUCCCAUCACUCAGGAUCCAGAGCCCAGAUCUGCAGCCCAGGGCCUCUCUGACCCCAUGCAGAUACCCAGCAAGACUGGCAGGGAAGCAGAACAGAGUUGUAGCAGCCCAAGACACUCCUCCCUUGAGACCAUUGUCAUCACAGAUGUGAGCACAGACCCCACCGAGCCAGAACAGAGGGCUCCAGAGGUGGCCAGGCCAGAUGAACAGGCCAGUACCAGAGCACCUACCUGUCCCAGGGGGAAGGCCCCUGAUGGAGGCUGCAGUGGGAGCCUGCUCAGCUACGUACCUCUCGCUGGGGAGACAGGACAUAGAGGGGAGGCAGGGUGGGAAGACAAGCGCCCUGGCAACACCCUGGGGGGCCCUGCAGUCUCCUUGGCUCUGGAUCACGGGAUAAGAGAGCCCACAAUAGGUGCUGGAGAUUCCAGUCUUCUAGCCUCGGAAAUGGGCCCAGGUGUUGAUCAGACAGAGGGGCUCGGAGGUGUGUGUGCACUGCCUUUGCUGUUGCAGCCCACACGUAAAAAAGCCACUGAGUUAGGUCGCCAGAGCCCUGAACAAGACCUUGAGGGGUUCAGUCUGUCUCUUGGAGCCCUUGCUCCACCAGUGCACAGAGAAGCUGUGGGUGGCCCUUCCCAGGAGACCAGGGCCUGCCAGGACAGCAUAGAUGCCCCCGCAGACCCCACAGGCUGGUCUGAGCCCCCUCCUGGCUCUGCAGACCAGGCUGUGCUGGGGGAGUCCCCGGCCAUGGAACCUGACUUCCUGCCAGACAGCCAGAUACGGGAUGCCCUGGAAGCCCCUGACUUUGAAGCCUCACCUGUGCAGAUACUGCAGGACAAGCAGGAGACAGUGCCACGCCUCAGCUGUCAGGGACAGAGCCAUCGGCCAACACAGAUCAGCCUUUCAGAAAGCACAGACUCAGCAGGGGACACCAGGUUGUUUCCUGCGGGGACCAGGCUGGACUCUUGUUGGCCUGGCACAAGCCCACAUGCUGAUGGAGGCCUUCUCACGGAGCUCCAGCUGAGGACCUGUGUAGGGAUCAAGGCCUGUGAAGCCGCCAGGAUGGAGGAUGCAACAGACACCGUGCACGGUCUUGUUGUUGAGCUCUCCAACCUGAACCGGCUGAUCAUGAGCGCCCACCGGGACCUGGAGGCCUUCAAGCGCCUCAGCUACCGGAAGGCGAGGCUGGCAGGGAAAGCCCCGGCACCCUACACAUCAAAGGGGGCUGGGAAUCUCCCUCCAGGGCAGCAAUCCUGGAGGGAUUUGUAGAUUACUUCCAGACCACCUCAGGAGCACCUUGUGUGCGUGCACAUGCACAAACUCACAGCGCCUGUGCGUGUUUGCUCUGCGCUGGCCCCCAGAGGUGCUGCCGCCAGACAGCUGGGAACAUUCCCUCAGCAGACCCCGGAAAGCCUGCAGGGCCCUGUGUGCCCCCUGGUUUAUCCUGUAAGAUGCUCCAGCAGGUCCUAGUGGGCCCCAGAAGCCUCCCCUCAGAUGACCCGGAAGUCAGCUUCCCAUGGGAAACGAGAGGCCAGGCCCAUGUCAGCUGCCUCCCUUGGGAGUCGGUAAGGGAUGGAACUUGCUCUCCCCCCGCACCCCGGGUUACAGCAGAGGCCACAGGCAGUCAGCAGGAGGCUGGUCGUGCCCCCCACCCUCCGGAAGCCAGCUGCUUCUGAGCAGAGCCCAGAGCCACCCAGAUGUUUAUCUGGAUCUGCAAAUUUCGUUCUUUAGCUCAGGUUAUGGGAGGUUCAGAAUUUGUUUCUUUCCUGGUGGAGAAAAGGGCUCCCUUUGUUGGUGGUACCUUUGUUUUUCUCCGGAUUUCCAUUUUAUUUCUUCUGGUUAGACCAUUAAUAAAUGUUUCCCUAGUGUGGAUCUGUGACCUGCUAUUUGGGGUUUGAGGUAUUUUCAGUUCCUUAAUGUUCCGCCCACCAACCUCCCUAACCACCUUUCUCCUUUUAUUU